UUAUCUGCCGGAGUCUCCGGUCAACCGCUCUCAGUACCGGACUGACUGCCACUUGGAUUGGGUAAUCAUUUAUCAGCGGAAUAAUCCAGAAUGCAUUUCGGAGUCUUGGGCAGUGGCAUUAUCGGUCUCACGACCGCCCUAGAGCUCCAGAAGGAGUUUCCCACGGCGCGCGUCUCGGUGAUUGCAGAUCGUUUCAACGAGGAUACCGUGAGCUAUGUGGCGGCAGGAAUCUUCCGGCCGGGCACCAGCUUCAUGGGCCCCACCCAGGAAAUUACGCAACAAUGGAUGACGGACGCCUUCAACUACUGGGAAGAGUUGCGACGCUCCAAGGAGGCUCCUUUGGCCGGUGUGUGCCAGCUCUCUGGCUACAUAUACUCCCGCACCUCGCCCUCCAUCGUACGGAACCAUUUUAUUGAGAAACUGUUGCCUGUUUAUCGUCGCGCCACGGAAGAGGAGCUGAAGCUGUGCCACGGCGGCUGGAAGUACGGCUCCUUCUUCACCACCUGCCUCACGGAGAGCCGUCUCUUCUUGCCCUACGCCACCAAAAAAUUCCUGGAGAAUGGAGGUGAGGUGGUGCGUCUGCAUGUGAAGAACUUCUUCGAGGUGCCACAGAGCUACGAUGUGCUGCUCAACUGCACCGGAAUGGGCGCCAAGGAGCUGUGCGGUGACCAGCACUUGGUUCCUAUCCGUGGACAGGUGCUCAAGGUGCGGGCACCCUGGGUGAAGACAGCCUUCUAUGGGGACUACGAUACGUAUGUGCUGCCCGGAUUCGAAACGGUUACCCUGGGCGGCUGCCGCCAGUUCGACAGCUACAACACCGAGUGGUGCAAGUACGACAGCAUGGCUAUCCGAGAGCGCUGUUAUGAUCUAUUGCCUAGCCUCCGCAAGGCUGAGAUCGUCCGUGAGUGUGUGGGCUUGCGUCCGCAUCGUUCGGUGGUCCGCGUGGAGCCGGAGCUACUCACGAACCCUGAGGGAAGGCGGCUGAAGAUCGUCCACAACUAUGGCCAUGGCGGCUAUGGAGUGACCACUGCUCCAGGUACGGCCAAAUAUGCCGUGGGAUUGGUGCGCGAUUUACUGGCUGGAAAUAGUAAACUUUAGGCGAUAAAAUUGAUAUUGCUAAUUGUUGGUCAUUAAAUUUGUUAUACUUUGAAUCUUUGAACCCCAA